AGGAAGAAGCGGGGCCUGACCUGACCGCGGCCUUUCCGCAGCGCCCCGAGGGCCGGCCGGCGGGAGGACCGGGCUUCUCGCUGUGACGUGCCGAGAGGUCCAGCUUGAGGAGCGCGGAGACGGGAGCUCCGAAUCUUCAGAACCGGGAGGAUUGGGGAUCAUGGAGGCAGAUUGGGCCGAGAUACCCGCGAAGAGAGCUACGUCUUCCCAGGAUUCUUUCUUUUCCCAAGAGAAGAGCACAGAAAAGGGAGAAGUGGCAGCUCUCCGCCUCACAGCCAGAUCCCAGGCAUCUGUGACAUUCAAGGAUGUGGCCAUGGACCUUACCCCCGAGGAGUGGGGGAAGCUGGAUCCUGCACAGAGGGACGUGAUGCUGGAGAACUAUAGGAACCUGGUCUCGCUUUGCACGAACACUUGUGUUUUCAAGUGCAUAGAAACUCCUUACCAGGCCCAGAUUCCUGCAGAUAUUUUAAGCUUCAUGUGGAGGUCCAUCUUCCCUCACUCCAGAUCUUCCUGGCUUCCAGUUUCCAAGCCUGAGAACUACAAUUUGGAGAAUGGAAAGGAAACAUUGAUGCUUGAGAGAAAAGUCCCCAGAAGCAGCUAUUCAGACUCAGAGAGUAGACCUGAGAGCAAAGAUUCAACUUCAGUGCAAGAUUUUUCCAAAGAAGCAUCAUGCCAGGUUGCAAUAAUAGACAGACUGACAGGAAAUAGUGUCUAUGAUACCAACUUGAAAACAACUCUUGAAUGUGAAAAUUUGUUAGAGAAUCAGCAAGGAAAUCAGGGGAGACACUUGAGAGAAAUGUUCACCUACAUUAAUUCACUCCCUGAAGAAAGAGCUCAUGAUCAUGAUGUAUUUUGGAAAAACUUUAGUCAGAAGUCUGUCCUUCUCACUCAAGACAGAGUUCCAAAAGGAUCCUAUGCCUUUCAUACACUUGAAAAGAGAUUGAAACAGAAAUCAAGUUUAAGGAAAAAGCAGAGAACCUAUAAAGAGAAAAAACCUCAUAAAUGUAAUGAUUGUGGUGAACUGUUCACUUACCAUUCAGUGCUUAUUCGACACCAGAGAGUCCAUACUGGAGAGAAACCCUAUAGCUGCGAUGAAUGUGGGAAAUCUUUUAGCCACAGAGCUAAUUUAACUAAACAUCAGAGAACUCAUACUAGAAUUCUCUUUGAGUGCAGUGAAUGCAAGAAAGCCUUUACAGAAAGCUCGUCCCUUGCAAUACAUCAGAGAAUUCACAUUGGAGAGAGACCUUAUGAAUGUAGUGAAUGUGGGAAAGGAUUUAAUCGAAGUACACAUCUUGUACAACAUCAGUUGAUCCAUACUGGAGUGAAGCCUUACGAAUGUAAUGAAUGUGAUAAAGCUUUUAUUCAUUCCUCAGCACUCAUCAAACAUCAAAGAACUCAUACUGGAGAGAAACCCUAUAAAUGUCAGGAAUGUGGGAAAGCUUUUAGCCAUUGCUCAUCCCUAACUAAACAUCAGAGAGUUCAUACUGGAGAAAAGCCAUAUGAAUGUAGUGAAUGUGGAAAAACCUUUAGUCAGAGCACACAUCUUGUUCAACAUCAAAGAAUUCAUACUGGAGAGAAACCCUAUGAGUGUAAUGAAUGUGGGAAAACCUUCAGCCGGAGUUCAAAUUUUGCUAAACAUCAAAGAAUUCAUAUUGGAAAGAAACCAUACAAAUGUAAUGAAUGUGGUAAAGCCUUUAUUCAUUCAUCAGCUCUUAUUCAACACCAGAGAACUCAUACUGGAGAGAAACCCUAUAGAUGUAAUGAAUGUGGGAAAAGCUUUAAUGAGAUGUCAUUACUCAUUCAGCAUCAAAGAACUCACACUAAAGAAAAACCUUAUGAAUGUAAUGAAUGUGGGAAAAUGUUUAGUCAGCCUUCAUAUCUUAGUCAACAUAAAAAAAUUCACACUGGAGAAAAACCCUAUAAGUGUAACGAAUGUGGAAAGGCCUUUAUUGCUUCUUCAUCACUGAUGGUACAUCAGAGAAUUCAUACUAAGGAGAAACCUUAUCAGUGUAAUGUCUGUGGAAAAUCUUUUAGCCAGUGUGCACGCCUUAAUCAGCACCAGAGAAUUCAAACUGCAGAGAAGCCCUAUAAAUGUAGUGAAUGUGGGAAGGCUUUUAGUGAUAAAUCAAAACUUGCACGACAUCAAGAAACUCACAAUGGACAGAAACCCUACAAAUGUAAUGAUUGUGGGAAAGCCUUCAGGAAUAAGUCAUAUCUUAGUGUACAUCUGAAGACCCAUACUGAAGAGAAACCAUAUAAAUGCAAUGAGUGUGGAAAAUCCUUCAAGAAUACCACAAUUUUUAAUGUUCAUCAGAGAGUUCAUACUGGAGAGAAGCCCUUUAGAUGUAAUGAAUGUGGAAAAGCCUAUAGAAGUAAUUCAAGCCUCAUUGUACAUAUAAGAACUCAUACUGGGGAAAAACCCUAUGAAUGUAAUGAAUGUGGGAAAGCAUUCAAUCGUAUAGCAAAUUUCACAGAACAUCAGAGAAUUCAUACGGGAGAAAAACCUUAUAAAUGUAAUGAAUGUGGGAAAGCAUUCAUUAAUUAUUCAUGCCUUACAGUACACCACAGAAUGCAUACAGGAGAGAAACCUUAUAAAUGUAGUGAAUGUGGAAAGGCCUUCAUGCGUUCUUCAUCUCUAAUUAUACAUCAACGAAUUCAUACUGAAGAGAAACCUUAUCUAUGUAAUGAAUGUGGGGAAUCUUUCAGAAUAAAAUCACACUUAACUGUACAUCAGAGAAUUCAUACAGGAGAGAAACCAUAUAAAUGUACUGACUGUGAAAGGGCAUUCACCAAAAUGGUAAAUCUUAAGGAGCAUCAGAAAAUUCAUACUGGAGUGAAACCCUAUAAAUGCUGUGAUUGUGGAAAAUCCUUCAGGACUAAGUCAUACCUUAUUGUACAUCAAAGGACCCAUACUGGAGAAAAACCAUAUAAAUGUAAUGAAUGUGAGAAAGCUUUUACUAAUACAUCACAGCUUACUGUGCACCAAAGAAGGCAUAGUGGAGAAAAACCCUAUAAAUGUAAUGAAUGUGGGAAGGUUUUCACAAGUAACUCAGGAUUUAAUACCCAUCAGAGAACACAUACUGGAGAGAAACCAUUUAAAUGUAAUGACUGUGGGAAAGCAUUUAGCCAGAUGAUACAUGUCACAGAACAUCAGAAAAUCCAUAGUGGAGAGAAACCCUAUAAAUGUGAUGUGUGUGGAAAAGCCUUCAGGAGGGGUUCAUACCUUACAGUGCAUUGGCGAACACAUACUGGAGAAAAGCCCUAUACAUGUAAAGAAUGUGGGAAAGGUUGUAUUACUCUCUCACAGCUAACUCUACAUCAGCGAAUUCAUACUGGGGAGAAGCCGUAUAAAUGUGAAGAAUGUGGAAGAGCCUUCAGAACAAAUUCAGACUUUACUGUACACCUAAGGAUGCAUACUGGAGAAAAACCCUAUAAAUGUAAUGAAUGUGGAAAAACCUUUAGGAGUAGCUCCAGCCUUACUGUACAUCAAAGAGUACAUCAGAGAAAAACUCCGUUAAUAUAAAGAAUAAUAAGUCAUCCAGUUGUCUAUAAGAAAAAUCAUAAUCUGUAUAUAUAAUGAAAGUGGGAAGACUUUCAGGAAUCAAUUUACCAGAAGAUACAGAAAAAAAUAGUCUAUAAACAUAUGAAUGAGGAAAAACAUUUAAUCAUAUUAAAUCUUAUAAGGAAAUUCACAGUGGAGUGCAAUAAUGGACAAAUGAAAGCCUUCAUCCAGGUUUGAUACUUUAUUCAUGUAACAGGUUAUCUUUAAUGAAUUGCCUAUAUACUUUUGCCUUUUUUUCUAUUGGUUUGUUUAAUAAAUCUGGAAGUGCUCUUUUAUA